AGUUCUUUUUUCGUUGUGCUACCGUUUGGAUGUAGUUUUCGCGAACGGAACGUUAAAAGAUAUAAUAAAAAAGAUAAAAGAAGAAAAUUCUCAGAUAGCUGAUUUUUUUUCUAGUAGAAAUUCGUUUGAGUAGACUAUUUUAUUUCUAUCGUUUUGAACAAUAAAAGCUGAUAUAAGUGUUUAAAGUCUCAACAAAAUAUUUAAUUGAAAAGUAAGAAAAAAGUUAUGUGAAAAACAGGUGUUUGUGUUCAGAAAUAAAACAGAGACUCAUAUAAAUGUGGGUUAAGAACAGGCAUGUCAUAAACGAAUAGAAUGAAAAUGAAUGUUGAUUCCCAUCUGUUGCUAAACGAUAUAAUGAGUUAAAGUUCUUCAUCAACAAAACUUUGUAGGCUCAGUUUUGACUUCGACACUGAGAAAACAUCAGAUCACGUCGAAUGUAUGAUUUUAUGUUGCACUUAGUGUUCUUAUAAAGCAAUUAAGUAAAUUAUAAGAAAAGCUUUUAAGUUUCUCGACAUUAACGUUAACAUUCUUUACAAUAUGAAACUUUUUAGUCCAUUAAAGUGUCGUUCGUUGAAAUUAAUGGAAGUAAAUUGAAAUUAAGCCAGCUGUCAAAAUCAGUAUGUUCGAAAAAUCGUAGCUUGUUAAAUAAUUUUUAGAUAUUUAGAUAGUGAGAAGAAUAACUCAAUUAAGCUUGAAAGCAUUUUAAGAGCAAUCAAGUUAGUUGGAAGUUCGUACAACAGUUUUGGACGUUGCUUUAAAUAAAUCAUUUUUAAGAAGCGAAGGAGAACAAAUUCAACAAAUAUAUUCUGGAUCAGGCCUAAAGCUGAAGGCGCACCUGAUGUCGCCAUGCAUCGUGGUGGAAAGGAAUGUACGUGAUAUUUCCAGCCGAUGAAAUAAUUCUAUUAUCAUACGGUGCCGCACAACAUACACGUUUUCAACCGAGACCCACUCUGGACAAUUUGAGGGAACCAGUUGUCCCAUCCACAGGCAUUAGGCCUUCCAUCACUUCCCACCUAGACUAUUAUUCAAACAAUAAUUCGAUUGAAAGACGUGACACGAAUCAUUUGCAUUCGUCAAUAACGUCACAAACAUCUAUUAAACGCGAUCCUAGUCCAAACGUAUCGUUCGCUGACGAUUUUAUGAACAAGUCAAGAACGGGCGUAGUAGAAGAGAAUGCAUUUAGAGCAGAUGAUACUUUAAGUAGUGCAAACAAUACGUUAGAUAGGCAAAAAAAAAAUAAAUUCAAAUCGCGAAUAUCAAAAAUAUCUUUGGGUAAAUUGGGUCGUCCAUCGUCUAACGAACAGACUGAGCCAGCAUCAUCACGACUACGCGAGGAUCUAGAGAUAAAAGUUACCAAUCCUACAUUCACUCACGAUAACUUGAGACAGAAAAACUUUGAUGCGUUUUUCGCAUCAGGCGAGCCAGUUUAUUCGCUUGAGAGAAAGGAAAAGCAAUUAUCAGACGCUUCAUUACUUCCGUUGACACCGAAUUCUUUUGCAACAACAAUCGAUACUCCAUCAUCAUUUGGCCCUUAUCCAACAACGCCGUCAUCAUUUGCAUCAUCGCCACUUACACCCUCAUCAAUAUCGAGUGAGAAACCAACGAGAAAAGGAUCAAUCUCUAGUCUCUUCCCACCGAAAUCUCCAUCAAGACUUUCUCCAUCACCAACCAACACUUCAAGCCGACGUCCAAAAAGCGCCGAACUGUAUCGUUCGACAGAAGGCUCCGUGAAAGAGCCGACAAAGUCAAAUCGUCGAAUCUUUGCGUGGCGAGGAUUUAGUCCUAGCCCCAGCAGAAAAAUGGCUGCAUCAUCCAGUGGAGGUGCACUCAAAGAUUUAGUCCAUCCAAGUCUUAAUGAAACAUUAAAAACACAAAACAGUGUAACAUUCAAGCUAGUCAAAACUGUUUCCGACUUCACUGAAUCACUAGCACAGCUUUAUGAAAAACAUGCAGAAGAGUUGCAAGUUCUCGUAUCAAACUAUCGAAAGAAAAAUGGAGAACUUCGAAAAGAGCGUCCACCAUGUCAGUCCAGUUUAUUUCAUGCAUGGGAGACGUUCUUACAGGAAGUCGAAGUUGAUUCACAAUCAACAAGUGAAAUGUCGAAUUUAUUGUCAAAGCAAGUAUCGCGACCACUUCUUGAACGAUCCUUUCAUAGGAAAGUUCAAAGUCGUAAAGUUUUUACUCAUCGUGAAUCAUUCGAAACCAUCAUUGCGAAGACUGAGGAGAAGUUAUCUAAAUGCCGUAUUGAUUACAAACAAUGUUUCACUGCCCACAGGCAGAAUCCAACGCAGCAUUCACUGACUCAAUACAUUGACUCGCAUAAUGCCUACGUCCAACAAUUACAUGCUACCAACGCUAUGCUCGAGGCGUAUAAUUGUGAAACUGUGCCACAACUCUUGCAAGAGUUAGAGGAAAUCUACAAUGACCUUUGUACUAUUGUAGCUGAAGCAAUUGUACUCGGAGCAGAAGCUAUUUCAACUCGAGCUAUAGAACAGUCAAAACGAUAUGAUGGUCUUGCAAUCAACAGCAAGAGUAUUUCUGGACAGCAAGAUCUCAAUAAUUUUGCAAGAAACACUCCGAUUUCAGCAAGUUUGCUGCGUGUGCCGAAAAAGAUUUUCGCGCCACCUCAUCCGCCACCGGGCGAGGGCGAAGAUUCACUAGAAUAUAACGAUAAUUUACCUCCCACUUUUAAGAACGAGCUCAUCAUUGAAAGAGAAGCAUCUCUUCAAUUACGUCCAUCAUUAGAAGCUUUGCGAAGAGAGGCACAAGAUUUAGACGCUCAAAUACGACAAUUACAGGAUUCGAUAGAUGCUCUGGUUCGAAAUCAACAGCGUGGCCUCGACAGUUCCCUUUAUAACAAGGCCAACGAGCUGCAAGAGGAUAUUUCAAUGAAAAAGUUUGACUUAAGAGCCAAACAAAUUCAUUUGUCAGCUGUUCGUGCGCAGAAAGAGCUUUUCUUGAGCAAAUUUGAACCUGGUUCACCCAAUCCUGGUGAACGUAAAAUGUCAACAUCGUCAUCGUCAUCAAUGAAGACAAAGUGGUUAAAAGCUUUCAGAAGCCUUAAACCGGCAGGUUCAGGAGCUUCUGGUAACGAAAAGAAAAAUGGUAACGCAACCGCAAACUCUCAGAUUCGCAUAGACUCGGAGCACAAUUUACAAGAAUACACCUACAAGAAAAUAACACCUUGUGAUGUUUGCUCUCAAGUUUUAAGGGGACACACGAGACAAGGCCUCAGAUGUAGAAUAUGUAAGGUUAAUGCUCAUGCUGACUGUGCAUCGCAAUUACCAAAAUGUCAAGUGAAAGCAAAACUUUUAAGACGUCAGAAGAGUACUUCGGAGAUAGAGAAUAGAAUAGAACAGGAGGAAGAAAAGCCGAAUGAUCUCGACACAAUUUAUAAAGUAUUGAAAAAAGCUGGUGAAAUAUCAGCAGCUACAGAAAAGAACCAAGCAAGUGGUGGUGCAAGUCAGCCAGCAAUGGACAUUCCAAUCGUAAACAUUCCCGAUUAUCCGGAUCGUACACCACGAAGGGGACCACUGACAUUUAAGGGGCCAUUGACACAUCAACAAAAACAGGGAUUAACAGCACCAUCAGCCGCUGACGUAUCUAGUUCAGCACCACAUUCACCACGUCGACAAAAGCUUAAUUUGCGAAUGAAGUCGUUAAGCUUGGAUUCACCGGAAUCAUCAGAAUUGCAUGGGAGAGGAAGAAGAUAUCCGCCAAGUACAUCAACAGGCUAUCAUCAUGGAUCGGGGGGACAUCUUGAGCAUAGCACUCCACCUUCUAACAACAGUCGAUUACAUUCACCCUCGAGUCCGUCGUCAAAUCAGCGGAAACUUUUAUACGCAAACCGUGGUCUGAAAUCAGGUUCAGUGGACUUGCCUGACGAGGUAGAAAAGAGCUUAUCAUCAGCUAGUACUUCGCCGUGUCCAUCACCCAAGCCUCAACGAUUACUCCCAACAAACCUAUACGUGGUUUUAUACAACUUUAAAUCAAGACAUCAAGACGAACUGGAUCUUAAAGCUGGCUAUAAGGUGACCGUAAUCGAUAAGUCAGAUCCAGACUGGUGGAAAGGAAAAUGCCUUGGAAGAAUUGGAUACUUUCCAUCAAAGUACUGCUGUAAAUUGGCUGCGGGAGAAAAACCAUUGCAAGUCACACAUAAUCUUCAAGUUUCGGAUGGUGAGAGAGGCGAAAUGACUCUGUUAAGGGAUCAAAUUGUAAUUCAGAUUGGUGAAGAGAUAAAUGGAAUGAUGAUGGUACGCGCAGCAGACAAUCGACAAGGCGUCUGCCCGGCGAAAUAUCUUCAAGACGUCUGACAACCGGAAGACCAAAAACUUGAUAGAGAUCGCGAUAAGAGGGCCACAAUCACCUCAAUAAAGCCCACAACCUCGAACACAAUGAAGAAAUCCAGCAGCUUUAGCUUUAGUCAAGUUGCUUCAGCAGCUUCAAAUAAAAAUCUUAACUUAAAUAUGGCUGCAAUAGCCGCCGCAGCUUCAAGUAAAAAUAAGAAAGCAAAUCUCACAAAACAAGCUAGUCAUGGAACGAAAGACGGCACAAGUACAGAUAGAAGUUAUAAGCAAUGGGAAGAGCUUCGUAUAAAGAAGCUCGAAUCAUUGAAAAGUCACAAAGCGAAUGUGGAGAGACGUCAGAAGGCCGAUGACAUGUCGUUAAUCAAGUACAAUCAUCACGAGAGUAUUCAACCACCGCAAAUCAAACCCCGAACCAAUCUUAAUCAAAAUAAACCCACGCGACAGCAGAGAGAGCGAGAACAGUUUCGUGAACAUGCUCGCUAUCCCCAUCGUCGAAAGAUUUCAUUGGAUCCCAAUUGGUAUACAGAUAACAUUUACUCAAAUCAAUCAUAUGAUGAUUCAGAUUGUGACAGUAUGAAACGACCCUUGACAACAUCCGCUUCAUUCUCGCAUUACACAACGAGAGGUAAUCGAUAUAAUUCACAUAAAAAUAGCUUUCAUCGUUAUGAUUUCAAUGGCAAUAACAGAGCAAACAACAUAAAUAUCAAUAUCAGCAAUACAGCAAACACAAAAUUGCACGCUCAUUCAUCAUCGUUUGAUGAUGAAGCGUGUGCUGCUUCUUCGCCUUAUUUCGAACGUCGUAGAAAUUAUCCAAAAUCUCAUAGUUGUAGUUUUGCUGAGCGUUAUCGUCGAGAUCCCGACAUUAAGGCUGUGUCUGAGUCACGGUCUCGAAGUGUUCCAAAGUCACACUCUUUCAGCACAAAUCGUUCUGUCAUGAGACAACAUGAUAUGGAUUUAAUAGAAUAUCAAAGGUAUCGUCGAAUGAUGGCGCAAAGAUAUCGUGAAAGAGUUGCAGAUAUGAAUGAUCCGUAUGUACGACGAAUAUGUGAUCGCGAAGGAUGUUUCAGCGAGACUUGCCUCGUGAAAAAUGUUAACAACAGUCAAAACAUCAGUAUCAACAACAACAUUAUAAAUAAUAACAAUCUCAACUCGACUCGAAUCAUUAACGAGUGGGAUUUGCGCAAUAAAAGCAGCGUUUAUCACGACGACGAUGAUGACAGGAGACGCCAUUUUCCAAGAGAAACUUUGAUUGAUGACAUUGAUACGUUUGACGACGACGAUUUUAUAUUCAACGAUGGAUUUUCGUUUCAAGAAUUUCCUUGUCAAGCGUCACGACCAAGUCGUCAAAGACCGUAUCGAAAUCCAUAUUUUUCAUCGAUGCGAUUCGCCAAUUUUUCGGAUCAUUUUCAUCGAAGAAAUCGAAUUCAUGAUCGUGAUUUGGAUGACUUGUUUCGAAGUGAACGCUCAAAACUUCUCAUCCGAAAUAAGUUUGAUAAGUUGAAUAAAUACAGCGACGAUUUUGCUGAUGAUUAUCAAAAGUCAUUCGAAGAUUUGUUUGUUGAGAAUAGAAACAAUCAUCAUGGUCAUAAUCUGAAGCCUUCGAAAACAAUGUUAGAAGUCAAACCACCAGACAAAUACGACGACACUGAAUCAGAUUCAAUCGAUUUAGAUUUGGAUGACUUCAAUCUCGAUUUCGAGAAAUAUUGGGAGGAAUUAGAAGACAAGAAUUUGUCAACUUCAUCGACAUUGGAACUUAUAGAACCGAAUGACCAUUUCGACACAAACAAUAAUCACAUUGAUAUGAAAUGUCCGAUAACUAAUGAUGCUAACAACAAUCCUAUCAACUUCAUAAAUGACUUUUAUAAGCCUACGAAAUAUUCGCCCUUGAACUCGAAACAACACGAUUAUUUCCGUAAAAUUUUACCACCAAAGAAAAUGAACAUUCCAAGCACAACAAGACCAUUGGGCAUUGUGACGACACAAGAAGAUUACAUGAUUUCAAUGAAACGACCACUUACGCUUAACAAUAUAAUCGAAUCGCCAUUGGGAACCCCACCCAUUCACGACACAUCAUCCUUUUAUUACGAUGAGAACAUGGAAACGGCUAAAUUCCAAAUUAUUCCUAACAAGACUGGUUUAAAGAUUUCUCCUUUAUACAGCUUCGACCACGACAAUUUUCACGGAAAUAUUCACAGUCCCAGCAAUGUUUUCUAUGAAAAUUGUCACAAUAUUAUAAACAAAAGUAAGAAUAAGUUGAAAAGUACAGCACGACCGCUACUGUUCUGGUGAUUACUUCUGAACGCUGCAAAAGAAAUUUUGUGAGAUUUUCCAGCGAGCUUUUUUAUCUUUAAAAGAAACUUUCAAAUGAAAUGCUUUUCAUUUAUAUAAAGAAAAAUAAGAAUAUUUGCAAGAGAUAUAAAAUUAUACACAAAUACAUAAUAAAUUAUGUGAUAUUUUUGUGUUUACAUGUGGAGAAUGUUGAUGUGCUUAGACAAACCAAAUUGCAACAAAAAAAAAUGUCCAAGGAAUGUUUUUAGUUCAAAUUGCACAUUGAAAAUUUGGAUAUUUUGAUUGGUCGACAGAAAAGAAUUCUAGAGAAAACAUGAAGAAAAAUUCUUACAAGCACCAAGUAGAAUUUAUCAAAAUUUCUGUUGGCUUUUCCCACCACAUGGUUGAGAAUUUUAGAAUUGUAGCACUUUUAGCAAUUUUUGUUAUCUGAAAUGAUGUUGAAUUUUUUACACAUCGGAGCAUAUCUUGCGCAAAGCUUUCCCUUAGAAAACUGGAAAAUUUCUAAACAAUUUCCAAAUUUUCUUUCAACAUAGAACUAACAUCUAAUUAAGUGUGUAGUAGACGAAAAUGCAUCUUUGACUAAAAUAGUAUUUUAAUGAAUGACAAGAAAAAGAGAAAAAAUCUUUAACAAUGAUUAAAAGUAUAAUUGUGAAAAAUUAUAAAUUAUUACGCCGGAUCUUAUGAAAAAAAAAUUGAAAGAAAAUCUGUUUUGUAAUUGAAACAAGGAUUAAAUAUCAAUGAACAAUGAGAAUUUUAAUGAAUGAUGAAAGUUAUUGACGCAACAUAAAUAGAGGAUGAAAGAAAUAUAUUUUAAUUCUAUCGCUUAUUUAGUUAACCUUGAAAAAAUAGAUCAAAAUCAAAUGUGCAUAAGCUUUGAGUCAAGAAAACCCUUAGACAUUAGAAACUUAUUUUUAAAAAAAAUAACAGUAAAGAAAUAAUCAAAUUAGCUUGAUGAUGAAGCUUUAAAAAAUUAUUAAAUUUUUAGACUAAAAGAAUCGCAACAUUUUAGAACAUAACAAAGACCAAAUGCUGCUGCUACAAGAAUGUUUUAAUCAUGUCUCAAUUAUGCUUUUAUGUUAAAACUUUUUAUUGACAAGAAAUUUCUCAUGCAACAAUUUCUUUAGGCCAAAAUUUCCUUUUUAUUUGUUUUACUUGAACAUGAUUAUAAUUAAUUAAUGAUGUUUCUUGUUUUAACGUUAUUGUAAAAUUAUAAUGAAUGUUGAAUAUUUCUUAUUACUGUUGAGACAUGAACCUUUGUGUUUUAAUGUCGUGUGAUUCAUCGUGAAAAAAGUUCAAUGUAUAAUAAAGAAUCAAAAGAAAAAAGAAGAUAAAAGAUAAAGCACCAAAGCCUUUCCACUACAUAAUAGAAAAUCUGAUUAUUUUCGCGGGAUAUUAAACCGUUAACAUAAAAACAUUCAUACCUACCAUUUAUCUUACCGCAUCAACAAAAGAGAAGAAGUAUUAACACAAAUCCUUAAGAAAUUGCACCUUUACGACCUUAUCGAUACGUUAAUGUAAUCUUUAAGCAAAUUGAAUGGAGAAAUCUUUCAGAAAAAGAAAAAUUUUAUAUAAAAUUUUAACAUAAAAUUCUAACGAAAAAAGGGAAGAAAAAUUAUUGAAAGACAUUUUCGGAUAUUUAAUGCUGGAUAAAUAUUUUAUCCUAAAAAUGUUUCAUCUACAGAGAUUCUAACUUUUUUCUAUCCCUUCAAACACAAGACGUCACUUUCCAAACUAAUUAGAGAAACCUAAAGCUAGAAAAUGCAUUUUAUGUUAACAUAAGAAGAAAUUCAAGGAGCAUGAAAAGUAAUUGAGAAAUAAAUGGCAUAAAUAUAAAAAAAG